AUGCACCUGAAAGCUUCCAAUGUCGAAUUAAAGGAGCGAAAAGAGAUCAAGUCGGUCGUUCGAUCGAUACGUCAUUCGCAUUGGAAGGAAAAUGGCAGGUUACUACGUCUGGAAGAGCUUUAGCGAGGACGAAGAUCGGCAGGAGAAGCCUCGGCGAUAUGGGGUUACGGAGAUUCGGAGCCCAGAGUACAGCAUCAUGAGGCAUGACGCCCUCCAGGAUAUACUAGAAUCCAUUGGAGAAUUUGUUGACGGUUUGAAAUUUUAUGGUGGUUCACACAGUUUGAUGCCCAAGGAUUUUGUCAAAGAAAUUACUGACCUUGCACAUAGGCAUGAUGUAUAUGUUAGUACAGGUGAUUGGGCAGAACAUAUACUACGGAAAGGGCCUGCUGCUUUCAAACAUUAUGUGGAGGAAUGUAAAAAUUUGGGAUUUGACACAAUUGAGCUUAAUGCUGCUUCGCUUAAGAUCCCAGAAGAGUCUCUCUUGAGAUUCGUACGCCUCAUAAAGAGUGUUGGCCUUAAAGCGAAGCCACAGUUCUCAGUGAAGUUCGAAGGAGCUGAUAUUCCAACGGCUGGAAAUAGGGCAUUUGGAGCUUAUGUUGCUCCAGUACAGAAAAAUUAUGAAAUUGUUGAAGAUGUGGAUUUACUGAUCAGAAAGGCUGAGAGAUGCUUAGAAGCGGGGGCUGACAUGAUCAUGAUCGAUGCUGAUGAUGUUUGCAAAUAUGCAGAAGAUCUGCGCACGGACAUAAUUGCAAAAAUCGUAGGACGUUUGGGCCUGGAGAAGACCAUGUUUGAAGCUUCCAAUGCAAAGACAUCUGAGUGGUUUGUGAAGAGAUAUGGACCAAAAGUGAAUCUUUUCAUUGAUCAUUCUCAGGCGAUGAACUUGGAAUGUCUCCGUGGAAGUAAUCUGGGAAGAAACCAUGCUUCGGUGCUUGGGCUUGACUCUUCAUUAUGUUUGUUCAGAUGAGGUUAGCGCUGCAUUGUACUAUUGUAUGAUUUAAUGUGCCUUUUCUGUUUAGUUUGGUGAAUUUACGUAUAACAUGAACUAGUUUGCGACGUGUGAGUGAUUUUGAUUGUGCUCAAUUGAAAUGGACUUUGCUAAAUUACUAUUUUUGGAUUAUUUAUUGAUAUUGAGCAAUGCUAUUCUCGAUCAA